GGUAUUCUUCAAUUGUUUUGGUCUUUUGGUCAUGAUUGUGACUGUUACAUUUGGCUAUGAAAACCUUGCAUUACAAAAGCCUGCAUGGCAGCAGUUUCCCUAUUGGAACAAGCCAUGGGGAGCAGAUAAAGCAGUAGAUGGGUUGUAUUCAGACCGGUCAGCUGAUGGAGGACAGUGUACGAUAUCGAAAGAUGAUCAACAAACUGCAACCUGGCGAGUAGAUCUAGGAGAAGUACACAGUAUCCGUCUAAUUAAAAUCUACUACAGGACAGACAAUGUAGAAUGGGAUUCCAGCAAUGAUUACACAGCUCGAUUUCUGGGUAUGUCAGUUUACGUCUCCAACACAACUGAGAAAAAUGAGGGUGUCCUUUGCUUUAAAGACUCAAAGUACACCAGAACUACAAUACCGAAUACUAUAACAAUAGAAUGUAUAAAGCACGGACGUUACGUCAUUUACUACAAUGAGAGACUUCCUUGGGUUACCUACCCUGCUGGAUAUUCUCAAUAUGCAUUCAACGAACUGUGUGAACUUGAAAUUUUUGGAUGUUCUACCUCGGGUGUUUUUGGAAAACACUGUAAUGUUCCCUGUCCACAGAAUUGUCAGGAGGGACAUUGUGAUAUUGUUAAUGGUACAUGUCUUGGAUGUGUUGCCGGAUACAAAGGAGAACGAUGUAAAAAAAAGUACGUAUUUGAGUGA